CCCCAUCGUUUCCCUUUCCCUUCUUCUCCCCUCAUCACCUCAUCCUUUCCCGUCCACCACCUCCUCAUAACAAGACCUUCUAUUCCUCCACCCACCUCCAUUCACAAUGUCUGCUCCUGCUGCUUUCUCCGACAUCGCCAAGGCGGCCAACGAUCUCCUUAACAAGGACUUCUACCACGCCAGUGCCGCCAGCCUUGAGGUCAAGUCCAAGGCUCCCAAUGGCGUCACCUUCAACGUGAAGGGCAAGUCUGCCCACGAGGGUCCCAUCGCUGGCUCCCUCGAGGCCAAGUACGUCGACAAGCCCACCGGCCUCACUCUUACCCAGGCAUGGACCACUGCCAACGCUCUCGACACCAAGCUCGAGCUCGACAACAACAUCGCCAAGGGCCUCAAGGCUGAGAUCCUUACCCAGUACCAGCCCGCUAAGCAGUCUAAGGGCGCUAAGCUCAACCUCCACUUCAAGCAGCCCAACCUCCACGCCCGUGCUUUCUUCGACCUCCUCAACGGUCCCUCCGCCAACUUCGACGCUGUUCUCGGCCACGAGGGCUUCCUUGUCGGUGCUGAGGGUGGUUACGACGUCCAGAAGGCUGCCAUCACCAAGUACUCCGCUGCCGUCGGCUACAGCGUUCCCCAGUACUCUGCUGCCAUCACCGCUGGCAACAACCUGACCGUCUUCUCCGCUAGCUACUACCACCGCGUCAACGAGCAGGUUGAGGCUGGUGCCAAGGCCACCUGGGACUCCAAGGCCGGUAACUCCGUUGGCCUUGAGGUCGCAAGCAAGUACCGUCUUGACCCCUCUUCCUUCGCUAAGGCCAAGAUCAACGACCGUGGUAUUGCCGCUCUGGCGUACAACGUUCUCCUCCGUCCUGGUGUUACUCUUGGCCUUGGUGCUUCCUUCGAUACCCAGAACCUGAACCAGGCUGCCCACAAGGUUGGCGCCAGCUUCACCUUCGAGGCUUAGAGGAGCUAUAGUUAGCAUCUGUCUGCAAACAGGAGUCUAGUGUGUUCAAUUUAGCCGAUUACAUGGAUUUUGGGAGCCGUUAAGAUAGAAACUUGAUAGCUUGCUUCCGGUCUCUGGAAGGGCUAUUGGCUUGCGCGGAUUGGCCUUGUGAGUGGACGUGGGUUUAUAUGGAUGUCUAGUUAAUAAUCAUGUAUCGUACUUACCGACGAUAAGUGUAUAUCAAGUCUACAAGUCCCG